GGAUUUACCGGGCCCACUAUCCAGCGUAACAGAUACAGUGUUUUCCAGAAACAACCGGGCGGCCACCAUCGUCUACAGUUCUACACCAGCAUCUCCUCCCCUGCAACCGCGCCAGGCCAGGGUAGCGCGCUUCGGCUAGGUCCUCAUCCUCCGCCCAUAUUCCUCCUUCCCCGCCGGGGGCUGACAAGAUUCUCAGGCUGUUCUCUUGAAGCUGUUGUGCGGUUUGUCAGUGCACAAUGAAAGCUAAAGAACCCAAGAAGACAAGGUGCUGUGUCAAAUGGGAUGAAGAGAACUUGAAUGACAUUGAGUCAAACAAACCAGAACGAGAAAAGAUCAACGAGCCCAAGACGCCGUACCACCCAAUGAUUGAUGAAGACGAAGGGCCUGUUUCACCAUUACAACUAAGUGAAGAGUCGGUGGAUAAAUCUGCUCAUGCUGAUGCCAUCAAAACUGCUUUAGCUGAAGCUGUUUCCAGUGGAAAGAUUUUCGACAGAAGUAGUUGGGAAUCAUGUGACAAUGAAGAAGCCAUAAAACAAGGCAAAGCUUUUGAGGAGCAGCGGAAGGUUCACUAUGAUGAAUACCAUAAGAUGAAGGAGCUGCUUCAGAAGGGAACCAUGAAUGAUGAUGCAGAUGAAGAUGAGAGCGUACCAGACAAGAGGAAGGAGUGAUGAUUCUGUCACUGUCUGAACUUUGAUCAGAAAAUCUUCUGCAUCUGACAGAUGGAAUCUUGGAAAAGUUUGUUGUUUGGGGUACUUCAGGACUACAUAACUGUUUCAGUAUUUCCUGCACAGAACUUGGUUGUUCUCUUCCUUACACUAGUCUGGAACUGUAUGCCAUGAUUCAGGCAUCUUUGCAGCUGAGACUUGUUUCUGUAGUCAGUCUUGCCGGCCGCAAGCUGGAACGUGGGCACGAAUUUGUGAGAAUGGUAGGCUAGACGGCCUUGUUUUUUUAGCUUGCAAAUUGUAAAUUCAGUUUUCAAAAAAAAAAAGUAAAUUGCAGCUUCCAUAUUGUUAAA